UGGCGUUCCAUACAAGGAAACCUUCUCUCCGGUACGACAGCCUCUGCAGCUUGUGAGAACAGCGAGCGGGCCGGUGUGUGUGUGUGUGUAUGUGAGUGUGUGUGCGUGCGUGUGUGUGUGUGAGAGAGAGAAGCGAGGGGGGGGGGAACGUAAGCAGCAACGGAGAGAGAAGACCCGGUAGAGCGCGAGGAGGGAGGGAGAGAGAGCGACGACCAUCAGGGUCCGUGUGCCUGAGGGACGGACGACACGGAGAGGGGGAGGACUGAGUGAGCGAGUGUACGUCCGAACGAUCAACAGACAGACAGACCAACAGACAGAUUGAAUGAUGCUGCACCUGGUGCUUCUGAGGGCCUUUCCCAUGUUUUGAUUUGCUCCAUUUUUUACUUUCUAAACUUGGUUUCACCGAGCCGCUGCCUGCCAUGCCGUCCAACAGUCCUGCUGCCGCCGAACCGCCCCAGACACCAGAGAAUGACACCGCCAAUGACGUGAGUGAAGAUGGAGCAGACCAGGACAGUCCAGAGGAGGGGACGCCAGCAAGCCCCCGCGCCAAGCGUAGAGUGGGUCGUCCUGGCAGGAAACGCAAACAGCUGCUUCCUGAGAUGGCGACCUCUGACCCCUGUGCAAACGCCCCCCCAACCCCGCCUGAGGAGCCGGAGCCCUCCCCCUCCCCUCGCAAGAAGCGCGGGCGUCGGAAACUAGAGCAAACCGAGAAGAAUAAGGACGAGCCAGACGACAGAAACUGCGACUCCCCCAGAGAGGGUGAGACUGGGAGGCUGCGGAGGAGGCCUGUCCCCAGAGUCACUUUCCAGGCUGGGGAUCCGUACUACAUCAGCAGGAGACAGAGAGAAGAAUGGCUCAGCCGCUGGAAGAUGGAGGUGGGAGAGAAACAGGCAGAGCGACGGGCGUACAGAGAGGCGGAGAUGAACAUGAUGGACGACCUAUCGGAGGGUGAUUUUCACAAAGAGGAGGAGCCAGCCAGCCCAGCCCCUCCCCCUUCACAACAACACACGGACCCCGCGUCUCCAACGGUUGCUGUGACACCGGAGCCAGUUGCCAGGGGAGAACAAGCCACACCCAGCGAGGUAGAGUACCAGGAUGGCAGAGGUUUUGGCAUCGGUACACUGGUGUUUGGGAAGCUGCGAGGUUUCUCUUGGUGGCCCGGCAGGAUUGUUUCCUGGUGGAUGAGUGGCCGAAGUCGAGCUGCAGACGGAACUCGCUGGGUGAUGUGGUUUGGAGAUGGAAAGUUCUCUGUGAGUCACAUCAGAUGCAAAGAAAGGGGACCCAAAGUCCUUCUACAAAGAGUGUGUGUGGAGAAGUUGAUGCCUCUGAGCUCCUUCUCAUCUGCCUUCCACCAGCCGACCUACAACAAACAGUCCAUGUACCGGAAAGCCAUCUUUGAGGCUCUGCAGGUGGCCAGUGUACGGGCGGGGAGGCCAGUUCCUUCCUGUGAUGCGAGCGAUGAUGCAGACGGGGUAGAGAUUCAAACCAGACAGAUGAUCGAGUGGGCAAUGACCGGCUUCCUCCCCAAUGGUCCACAAUCACUGGACCCUCCAGAGGGUGAACAGAAUCAAUAUAAGGAAGUGUACCCAGAGAUGUGGGCUGAACCUGAGGCAGCGUACACGCCUCCACCUGCCAAGAAACCGCGCAAGAACGCAGCUGAAAAAGCAAAGAUCAGAGAGGUGAUCGACGAAGGGACCAGAGAGAGACUCAUAUUGGAGAUAAAAAAGAAGACCAGGAACAUAGAUGAUAUCUGCAUCUCCUGUGGAAGCCUCAACGUCUCUCUGGAGCAUCCUCUCUUUGGAGGAGCAAUGUGCCAGGGUUGCAAAAACUCGUUCCUGGAGUGUGCCUACCAGUACGACGACGACGGCUACCAGUCCUACUGCACCAUCUGCUGUGGAGGCAGGGAAGUGCUCAUGUGUGGCAACAACAACUGCUGUAGGUGUUUCUGUGUGGAGUGUGUGGAUCUGUUGGUAGGAGCUGGCUCGGCGGUGGCAGCCAUCAAAGAAGACCCCUGGAACUGUUACAUGUGCGGACCCCGGAGCACAUACGGGUUACUUCGAAGACGGGACGACUGGCCCUGCAGACUACAGCACUUCUUUGCCAACAACCAUGAACAGGAAUUCGAGCCAGCCAAGUUGUAUCCUCCAGUUGCAGCAGAGAAGAGGAAACCAAUCAGAGUUCUCUCCCUGUUCGACGGCAUUGCCACAGGGCUGUUGGUUCUGAAGGAUUUGGGCAUCCAGGUUGACAAAUACGUUGCGUCUGAGGUGUGUGAAGACUCCAUCACUGUCGGCAUGGUUCGACACCAGGGUCGCAUCAUGUAUGUGGGUGAUGUACGCAAUGUAACACACAAACAUAUCGAAGAGUGGGGACCAUUUGACCUGGUGAUAGGAGGAAGCCCCUGCAACGACCUCUCCAUAGUCAACCCUGCAAGAAAAGGCCUUUACGAGGGAACCGGACGGUUGUUUUUUGAGUUUUACCGUCUGCUGCACGAGGCUCGACCAAAGCCAGGCGAUGAGCGGCCGUUCUUCUGGCUGUUUGAGAAUGUGGUCGCGAUGGGAGUCAGCGACAAACGGGACAUCUCACGCUUUUUAGAGUGUAACCCAGUGAUGAUCGAUGCCAAGGAGGUCUCUGCUGCCCACCGCGCUCGCUAUUUCUGGGGCAACCUGCCAGGAAUGUCCAGACCUCUCACACCCAUGACGAAUGACAAGCUCGACCUACAAGAGUGCCUCGAGCACGGACGUACAGCCAAGUUUGAGAAGUUGCGUACCAUAACGACACGCUCCAACUCUGUGAAGCAGGGGAAAGAUGAGCAUUUCCCCGUCUUCAUGGACAACAAGGAGGACAUCCUCUGGUGUACCGAGAUGGAAAGGGUGUUUGGUUUCCCCGUCCACUACACCGACGUGUCCAACAUGAGUCGUCUGGCCAGGCAAAGGCUUCUGGGACGUUCCUGGAGCGUCCCAGUCAUCAGGCACCUCUUCGCGCCGCUCAAGGAGUACUUCGCCUGCAACUAGUCACGCACCACCAACUCUCUCUCUCUGUCUCACACACACACACACACACAUACAUACAUACACACACACAUAAGAGUAUGUCAUGACAGACACACACACAGAUAAGAACACAGAGUAUACAGUUAGUACAUGAAGGUUGGCUGACGCGGUAUGACAAAGAUGACCGGACAUACACACAUAUACACACACAUACACACUGUAAAGGACUGCUUCCCUAGAUCCCAUGUAGACCACUGGCUGACCUUAGUCCCCCGGUGCUACCUUGCUGAUUACACACACACACACACACACACACAACACACACACACAUACUGGUGCAGGGUCUCUGUACUGUAUUUGUUCACACACAACUUCCUGUCCGACCUUGAAACUGGUGUCUUCUUGCUUUACUGUGUCGUAGUAGCUGGAGUUCAAAAACCUCCAGGGGGGUUGCAACACUGACAUGAGAUGCCCCGACUUUUUCUGUUUUUAACAAUUCUCUGAAUACAACAACACACCAAUGAAUCCCUCUGAACCGUAACACUUAACUCAACUGUAUUCAAGCGUAGUGAAAGUGCUGCUGGUGUAUUACAGUGCAAUGAACACACACACACACACACACACACACACACACACACAUACACCAGUUAACGCUUGUGGUGCUGGUCAGGUAGUGAUAGAUUUCCAAAUGGUGCCACUUUAAUACAACACUUUUAAAGUUUUUGGUGCUCUUGGAGACUGAAUGGUCUCUGGUUGUUUCAGUCGCUACAGUUUUGUGUCCCUAAUUAACAAGCAUGUGGAGGCAACACCAGGCAAGAGAGGUGCAUUUUUUAAACAUCUAUUUAUUUGUCAAAUUUAGCGAGAGUGUGCAAAGGGAGCGUCCAAAAAGACAAACAACGGCAACUGUAUUCAGAUAGAUUCAUGUGAAGCCUUUUUUUUUAACGUGACUACAACUAAAUCAGAUUGUAAAAGCUGCUCUGGAGGUUCAAAUGAUAUCAGUAGCUGAGUUAAACCUCAGUGGGUUGAAAUAUUGAAAUAAAAGAGGGUAAUACCACAGUCCAUUGUUCUUGUUUGUUACCCUGUAUCUCCAUAGUGCCUAAUGUUAAUAGAAUCCACAUCAGCUUCCACCAGUGAAGUAGCUAAUGUUCCUGGGGAUGUAAAUACAGACAAAUAUACACGAGACAAAGUCUAGACGUUGACAUCAACAAAAUAAAAAGACUAAUAAUAGUAAUAAUAGUAGUGAUGGAAAGCCUUGUAACUGUCUCCAUCUCCACAGUUUAGAGUGCCCUCUAGUGGGCAGACAGACCAGUAUAAAGUGAGUGCAUAACAAGGAAACACUCUCAUGUUGGGUUAAGUCAAUCCUUUGUGUUCCACAGAGUUACUGUUAGCAGUCACUGGAUUAGAAAAACAUGUAAAAUAAAGACAGAAUAAAGUCAGCUUUUAUACUUAUUACAUAGUCAUUCGCUAUAUAUAUAUAUAUAUACAAUAUUGCUGCAUGUCUCUUAGUUGUGAGGACCUACAUCCACUGUUAGGUUUCCGUACAACAAGCACUCGUGUGCUGUUUAAAAACUCAUACUGUUUUGAUUGUUUCUUGGUGGUUUUUGCAAUGUUUUAGGCAGUGAUUGUACAUUAAGGCUAGCUAAUGCUUUGGUGAAUAUACUGUAAUAUACUGUACACUAGUAGCAUCUUAAGAAUGGGUCUAUUGCCUCAUGCUGGUAUGCAAUACUUACUCAACAACAUUCGUGCUCUUGUAUUGCAUUGAUUACUGUUAUUCAAAUGACUGUGAUGUUCAUCUUAAUGGUGCAGAAUUGGAAUAAUACUGUCUGUCACUUUAGUAAUUAUGUCACUUGCCUGAUUGAUAGAUGUCACUGUACCAAACCUCGGCCUACUUAAUGGGAUCGUAUCAUUAAGUAGGCAGUGAAAGUCGACACUAUUUUAAGCCUACAGUGGUAAUUAUGUUGAUGUACUUUCUGUUCAAAUAAUCUGAAGACAAAGGCCCGAAAAAACAGUUAUACUGUGAAAAAAAACAAUAUAAGGUAGUCUUUCUAUGUAGCUUGGUUAACUUUGGUGUGGCUCAGUUUGUUUUCACCCAUCAUGAGAGUGGCUUUCAUUAUGUGUGACACAUUAUGCACUGUCUCUAUAGCUAUCUGGGUCGCACAUAUUGUGACCUUCCAACAUCACGAAUGCAAGCCAACAGCAUAAUUUUUAUCUAAUUUUUUUUUAAAAACAAGAAGAAGGUGGAUGUUUUGGCAAAACAUGUCUCUUUAAAAGUCUGCUCUAAAACACAAUCGAUCUUCAGCUCCACCAAACACGUUUUGAUACAUCCGGUGAGAUUGUUUGUACCUCCAGAGCAGCACCGCAAACUAAAACACAGAUAGAUCUUUUUUAGUUGUUUUUAAGGGCAGAAGUGAAAGGAAGUCAAUGGAGGAUUAAACCUGAACCCUUCCAAUUACUGUACAGCUUCUCUUGUGUCUCAAUCUCAGUGUCGCAAAUUUUACGUCUGGUUUAAAGUGACCAGUAGUCACAGUCCACCAGCCCUUGCAGUUACGCUCCUACUUUGUUUCAUAGGGACCCUAAAUGUCCUCAAGUUACUGCAGCGAUAUCCACUAAAACCAGACGCAGACCUUUAAUCUGUAGACAAUAUGCUGGUUUUCUAUUUCCUAAGACUGAAGCAGCCCUGUUUAAAUAAUGAUCCUUCCUUAUGUCACAAGAUACAGUUGUACCACCUGACUUGGGUGUUUCUUCUGCCUUUUGCCCAAUGCAUGCUGGGAAAAACUCAGAUGCUCUGUGACCCUGAAUAGGAAUAAGCAAGUAAAAGAAAAUGGCUUGUCAUCAAAUAAAAUGUUUCCAAGACUAUUACACACACAGACAGUGUGUGUAAACAACAUACUGAUGUUUUUAUUUACACAGGGCUGUCUUUUGAGAAAACAUCUCUUUCAGUCUGGUGCUUUUGGUCCUCAGACGACCAUCUUUUUCCAGGAAGCCUUCCGAUCCUCUGACCUUCCUCAGAUACCAGCUAACAACUGGACACAUGCAGUCUAUGCUGACACACACACACACACACACACACACACACACGUACACACACACACACACGGCACAACAACAACAAAAACCAACAAUAAACCAGCAGGUUCAAAGUUUUUUCCAUCAUGUUUACUCUCCGUUUAUACAACCAACCUUCAGGUGCUUUUUAAACUCAGCUCUUUUUUACAGUGCUCUUGCAGGUGGCACUCUCACACACACACACACACACACACACACACAUUUGCUGUAAACGCAAUGCAAACGCUUCUCUAAACUCAUUUAGCUACAAAACACAGCAUCCACACACACACGUGCAUACACACUGUGUUUUUGCUGGCCGCCUGUUGCCAUCAGGCUUCCCACAGCGCUGCUGGGUGUGACAUCAUCACCCUGCUUCCAAGGUGCUCCCAAAACCCGCCUCCCUCUCCAACCCCCCUACCCCCACUCCCUCACCCCCAGGUGCUGCAUGUCAGUCAGUCAGUGUAAUCUCCGAUUCCAUGUUAGAUUAGGGAGUAAUGAUCAUAAUAAUAAUGGUAAUAAUAAUUACAAUAAUAAUCUGUUAUUGUGUGUGUGUGUACUGUUCCAGGUUGGUGCUCAGUUCAGUUCAGUCUCAGCCUAGAGGGGAGAGAGAGGCUAGAGAAAGCAUAUAUUACAGUUAGUAUAGUGACUUGUUCUAUUGUACCCAAGGAUGCCAGAAGAAAUUGUUAAACUGAUGAGCUACAGGACACUUUCAAACCAGAGCCGGUUGAAAUAACACCACAUGGAGAAGAAAGAAAAUAAUUGAGUUCACAUUUUCUGAUGUCUUGUGAAACGCUUGACAGUUUUACCAAAGCCUGCAAGUAAAGAUUAUUUUCUUUAUGAAUUAAUCUGCAGAUUAUUUCCAAGGUUAAUCAUUUGAGAGAGCAAAAGAAAACAUCAGCAAAUAGAGAAGAAUGCUAAUAGUAAUAUAAUAAAAAUUAAUGUGAGGUCAAAAUCAAAUCUUUAGUUUAACCAAAACCCAAAGAUAUUCAGUUCACUAUCAGAAGAAAAUAGAAAAUAUUCACAUUUGAGAAGAUGAGAAUUUAAAUCACUUUAAACAAUUAAUCACUUAAUUAAUACAAAAUUAUUGCAGACAAAUGUUCAUUCGACAAAUCGAUUAAUCGUUUUAUUAAAUUGCAAGGUGACACAGAAUUCAUGAAGACUAGUUGCGUUAACUGGUGUGAUCAAAACGUCCUGGUUUAUUUGCACGUGUUAAAAUCAAACUAUAUAAGUAAAAUCAAGUUAUCUGUUAACACAGUGGUUCAAAACCUCCCCAAAGGGUCCAAACAUAAGUCAGAGGCGUCACGAACUGAUAGUGGCAGCGCCAGAGUUUUUUUUCUGGUUCAACUACGGUGGGGCUCAAAUCAAUGUGAAUAUAUAUUCAAUAAAACAACACCCUCCCACAGCUAGAAACACACACACACACACACACAGAGAGAGAGAGAGAGAGACAGUAUAGUUAAUAGUUACGUUGUCCUGAAGCCAUAUAUAGUCUCCCACACAACAGCCAAGAGUCAAAACACAUCUCCAACAAAUGAAGUAUGUUCAUUAGGCAACAGGACCGCAGCAAGGAAGAGCAUAAAACAGGCAACACGCAAAACGCAAUAACAAAGUCAGCAAAGUUUCCAAAAACAACAACAACAAUAUUAAAAACUGAGAUUUUCAAAUGAGUACAAUCCGCCGGUUUUUGUGAUUGGAGGCAAAGAUGUCGAUGAUGCGCUGAAUAUCCAAAGUCUUUGUCCUUUGUUUACUGAUGGACAACAGCGCCAAGUCGCUGUUUCGGGUAUCACCGCUGCUGUUCCGUAGAUAGUUCUUAAUCCGACGGAGGCAGGAGAAACUGCGUUCGCACGAAGCAGAGGUCACGGGCAGGGUCAGUGAAAUACUGAACUUGGUGUAGCUCUGCUGUCAGAUUUUUCUCAGUCACUCCAUAGAACUGCGCCAUGGGCUGCAGACAUUUCUUGUCUAGGAAAGCCGCAUGUUUGGGGCUGAGUGCUAAGACUCCCAUUAAAACGCCUCUGUUGAGAAACGUCUUCUUAUUUCACCCACAAGUCUGUCAAUUACUGGGUAAUAACAAUGUGUGCGCAGCGCAUCUGGAGUUGUAACAGGUGUGUGCUCAGCUGAGGCCUCGACAACAAACUCCUGAAGAAUUUGAGGAGGCCAUGCCUGUCUCUUUUUGCGUGUCCCGUCCUGGCUCACACCGGCUUUGGUGCACAGGUCCGCUGCUCUGUCCCGAAUGUCAACCCACGACUCUUCUGCGCGUUUGUCUGACAAUGUCGCUAUGACUGACUCUGAUAAGUCUAUUGUGGAUGCAAGCUCAAGAGUGGGAGAUUGGAGCUGGUCACAUGAAUUUUGUGACCCGGAAUAGCUCCUCGAAAAGUGUGAGAAGCAGGACAAACUGUUCAUCAACAAGUCCAUUCACAGCCCUGGCCUCAGUUUUCCUCCGUGCAUUAGGCUGAGACAUGAUAUCUAGCAGUGUCGCCGGUGUGUGUCAGAUAGGCUCUUAAGUUCAACGGGCUGUGUUCAGUUUUCAAAAAACUCUGCUGCUGCUUCAACGUUGACGCCACAUCAACCAAAACGUUCGCGCCAUGACACAAGAAGGCCUAUUGGGCGUUCCUGGUCGACCAAUCGCAAUUCAUACUUUGCAGUCACGUGGUUACCAUGGAUACAACUUCAUCUGUCUAUUAUAACAUUAGUAACGUUACAUUUCGAGUGACGUAGAUUUAAUAGACGUAAUUGAAGUCAGAAAACAAUCACAGUGAUCUUGAUUUUGGAUAUGGACGUUUAUUUAGUUUGACAAAUUCCAUACCAGGACUUGAAUUACAGCGUGUUAUAUGUCAAAUCACAUGAGGAAAUUAUUGCCUUGGUUUUUCCGUUCAGUACGUAGUACGACGUUACGACGUACAAAAGAAUGAACGCAUUUAUUUUGAUGGGUGGGCCAUGUUGCAAAACCUCGUAGAUAAUUGCAACACCAGAACAUUGAAUGAAACAACGCAAUUGUUGUUAGUUUUAAUUUACUUGGGUGAAAACAAAGCGCAGCGCUGUUUCUCCGCCUUCGCUGAAUGACUGCCAGGGGAAACGACGACGUCCUGGUGAGAUCCUUGAUUAGUUUACUGGGUUUCGUUGCUGGAGGACGAUGUUCUUUCCCGCCAGCCAGUAGUUGUGAUGUGCAAAGUAUGAAUUGUCCUCAACGACUAGAAAUAGAAAUAUAGACUAGUCCUACACGUAAAUGUAAGCAUAUUAAGAUGUAAUUGGACUAACGUUCUGUAGAUGGCUUAGCUUGCUAACGUUAGUUCUAUAAUACAUUUACAGACUACUAGAUCUUAUUUUGAAACUUCUGUUGAGAAACACUAACUAGCGAAUGUUAUAUUAAACUGGAUGUUGACAGUUACAGUUCAGCAAGAAAGGUGAAGAAGAAGGGGCGUUCCAGUCAGCGAAAACAGGAACCCCCACCAGCACAAGAACGCUCAUUUGUGGCUGCAGUUGGAUGAUAUUGGGCUUUUGGAGCCAGACGUAACUGCAACGCCAUCGUAACACUGUCCGACACUCAUGUUUUUGUCAAUAUUGCACGGUGAUAGAGUCUGUUGUAUGCUUCUCAGGAGGGAGUCGGUGUCCAGGCCAUCUGCAUGCACCUUGUCUCCUUUUAAAUACCGCACAACAAUGGAAAUCUGUUCACUUUUACGGAUAUCUUUGCUUUCGUCAACCAUUAGGGCAAAAUGUUCUGCUUCUCGGGUUUCUGCACUUAUUUAAUUUCUGACCAUGUCAGCCAUAAUUUCAAAAAUCUAGUUUUGAAUGUCUUUAUGUGUCUAUUUGGCAUUUCUGGGAUUAUCCUUCAGUUUCUUGGCUACUGUCUGGUCAAACUCACCAGUUACGUUCAAAGUUGCCCUUAUUUUCUCACCCCUCAUCCUCUCGAUGACCUCGGUGAGCAAUGCCUUGGCAGGCAGUAUAACGCAGGGACAAAACCACAGCCCUCAUGUACUCUCUGUUUUCUUGUACGAUUUUUGAAUGACCCGCAUCUAUCAUGUUUCCCAAUCUUGAGCCAUCUUUCGUUGCCAGUUUAAAUUCAGCCCAUGCCUCCAUGGCGAACUUGUGUACCGCACUUGCGUUGUGUUUUUUAAAGGCUUCUGUUGCGUGUUUCCAGUUCUUAUAUCCAUUAGAAAAGGCUGGCUCUGAAUGGAACCGGUGCCCACCACCACCCAAAAAAUGUCGGCAGGCGAAGCAGAAAGUUGCGUCCAUCUCGAAUAUUCAAGCCAGCUGUAUGUGUCAAACCAGGCACAUGGAAGACGUGGGACCGGAGUGGUCGUCUUCCCCUGCAGGUGUCAAAUGUGUGUCCGUAGUUUUAUCCAACACGCCCGCCACCGCAAUCUGUUGUUCCGUCCGACGACGUUUAAGAACAAAUUUAUCCAUGAUAAAUUUUGACCUGAGCUUAUGACUGUAACCCGCUAAUAUUAUCUACAGACGUAUGUACGUCACUCAUGACAGUUGUCAUCGCAGCUGCCUGAAUGCCGUCACAACGUGGAGGCGCUGUUGGACUCAGCACUUCUCUUGGUUUUAUGGUAGGGCUAUCACAAUUCUUGAUGGGGCUAUAGCCCAACCAAGCCCUACCCUGGCGCCGCCUAUGCCAACUGAUUAAGUGUAAAGAAACAAAUCUGUCAGUUACUUAUUUUAUAUCAUUAUAUUGGCCUCAAAGCACUGGUGUGCACAGACUUUUUGAUGGGCAGGGGUGGAAAGAAAAAAAGGGCACAUAUAGCGCGUCCUCACCACUGCAGAGGGCACUUUAGACACGUUUUAUAUGUUAUACAAAUGGAACAUUAUAUAGCCUUAAAACAGACUAACUAGACCGACUACUCAGGUUAGUUUGCUGUUAGGAUCAGCAUCCACGAGAACUGUGUGGAUUACAACAUUGGACUGUGAAGAACACACAGCAACAUGGCUGUAUGAAGGAAAUAAAUCCCUAGGGGGUCUGGGUGUCUUCCCCCAGAACAUUUUCAAUUAAGUAGAUGCCAUUUCCUGUAUUCUAGUGCAUUUUAACACCAUAUUAACACCAGAUAAUCCAAACUGGUUCUGUGAAAUAUAGUUCUGGCUCAAUAUAGAUCAACAAAGGGCCCAACAUAAAUAGCCUUCUCAAUAGCAUUAGCCUACUAACAAGACUUUCUGUCCUGACUUGCAAGCAAAAGUUUAAAAGGCAUUUUCAAGAAAGCAUUUUUAAAAAUUAUCCCAGAUGCUUAGUCGGCAGGGAGUCAACUUAAACCUGGUGGAAACCCUGAUAUGCAAUGCUAACCCAACUUUUAACUUUACUUGUUAGCUUUGAAAAGCUAUUCCCACAAGACGUAGUGACGUAGCUCCUCCUUAAAAAUACAAUAGGCAUCUCUACCUAAUAAUACAACUCAGAAGAGGACAGUUGAGUGUUUUUUCCACCCAAGAGGGCAAUUUAGUGUAUUAAGCCAAACAAGAGGGCACUUUAGCACAUAUUUUGGCUCCCAAGAGGGCACUUUAGCACGCGUUUUUCAACAAUUGGGCCACGCCCGCCCCCCGCACAUCACUGCCUCAAAGCCUCUAAAAAAAACCUUAAAGGAGACAAGUGCAAGUACAACAAAUCACUCUUCAAUUGAACUGCUCACAAACAGUCAGUAACACUACGGCUGUAACCUGUGAUGAAGGAACCACUGUGUUAAGACCUAAUAAAAGAGAGAUUUUAAGUCUUUUAAAAAAAAUUUCUGUAAGACUUUAAAGAAGAUGUUUGUUGGAUGUUUUGGAAGAUGAAGAUCAGAUGACUGAAGAUAUUAACAUACAUCAUAGAUUGUAAGAAGUUCAGUUACCUGAGUGUGUUGAAACGGUCGUGUGACGAGGGGUUACAACCAGCUUCGUUGUAAAAGGCUCACAAACGGUCAGAACUUCAGCUCAUUGUUUUCAGGUGGUGUUAUUUCAACACAUCUCUGUUUGAGAGUGCAGUCGGACAAAGGCGAGAGGAAUGGAGUCGAUGUUUUUAAAAUGAUGGGUGACACGGUGAUGAUGUUUCUGUUCGCCUAUCGACAGCUUUUAGGCUGAGUGACGCGUUGUUUUCAACACUGAUCCACUUAAACCACAUACACACAAAACACUGUUAUUACCACAGAGCAGACGACGCUCAGACGCAGAGACACAUGCACAACACUUACAAAUACAAUGCUGUGGCGCAUUCAGACACUCAUCUCAUGGAUUAAAUGAAAGAUGAGCUUUUAGGAAAAGGAGGACCUGGUGGUGUUUCAAAAGGUGCUAAAAUUUUAUCUGAAAAUAAGAAAAAUAUAUUGUUAGGAGUAUAAAUCAAGUUUGUCUUUACAAUGACUGUAUUUAAGUUUGUCGUAGUAAUGAAAAGGCACUAUUAUUAUUUUACUCUUGUAUGAAUAUGGACUAAUUAAAAAGGCAUUUUAACUUUGUACUUGAACAAUGUAAGAAAUGAAACGUGAAUAAAAAAAAGACUGUUUCUUGUGA